UAGCUUCACAUGCAGAUAGAUAGAAUUCAAUGGCGACCUCCUUUAAUUUGGCCUGAUCUAUAUCUUCCACCAGAGUUGAUUAAAUGAUAAUGAGAUGAGAUCGAUGCAACACAACGACAACAGCCUCAAAUCAGCUCUCAAGCGCCUCGAUCAUCAGGUCGCUAGCGAGAUCACCAUCGGUUAAACGAUGGGGACAAGCAGCAUGGGCAACGAUGGGAGUUCAGCCGCAAGCAACGAUGACAGCACGGUGGAGGAGGAAGGCGGCCAGGACAUGACCAGGGCCGGCGACUCAUCGUCGUCGGUGCGCCCCUACGUUCGUUCCAAGAAUCCCCGCCUCCGCUGGACGCCGGAGCUCCACCACUGCUUCGUCCGCGCCGUGGAAAGGCUCGGCGGCCAAGAUUGUGCAACUCCUAAGCUCGUCCUUCAGUUGAUGAACGUUAGAGGGCUUAGCAUAGGCCAUGUCAAGAGCCAUCUCCAGAUGUACAGAAGCAAGAAGAUUGACCACUCCGGCCAGGUCAUCAUAGGUCACUUGCAACAGGGAGGACAAGUCUAUAACUACGCUCAUCUCCCCUUCCAUCAUCGUGUCAGUGGUGCCGGUACAAUGCUCUCUAGGUUUGGCACUAGACCAUGUCCUCCAUGGAAGGGGAGCUGGCAUGAACCAUACUGGCUCCAUGGCCACCGUUUACUUGGAUCAAAACCCUACUAUUCAUCAUCAGCAAGAGCUCAUCAUGACGAGGCUCCCCUUAGAGCACGUGCUCAACAUGUAUCUGGCUAUAACCCAGCUUUGAUAGUCCAAGAAUCAUGUUCAUCAAGAAAUGAUCAUCACGCCAUGAACCGCUACAACUAUGAAAGACGGCCGAUGCAAGCUGCUACAAUGGUGGACAACAAUGAUCAUAUCCAUGGUCGUGAUAUAGACCUGGAUCUCUCGCUCGAUAUCGGUGGUGGACAGCGGCUAGAGAUGAAGAGCAAGAGAGGCUGCACGAGAUGGGGGAAACAAGCAGAAGAAGAUGAUGACCAUCAGGUUGAUGUCAAUGAAGAAUGAAGAGCACUGCUACUAGACUGUCUCUAUCCCUAUUCUCUCCUAGUCCUAGUACUCUUGAUCGAAAGGGGAGUAGUGCUAGUGAUCAUGCACUAGAUCUAGAUGUCAAUGUGGAUAAGAUAGGGAAAGUGCAAUAUGCAAUCAGGGCAAGCACUCUUGGUCUCAGCAUAUGAUCGAUCAGUUGCAGUAUAGUACUUAAUACUUAUCCAUAUCCAUAUAUACAUAUGUAGAGCAAGAAACCUAUGUAUAACAUAUAAAACUUAUUUAGUAUUUA